AUGCCCUUGAUUGAAGUUCCAUUCCAAAUGAUAGCCAUGGAUCUGAUUGAGUUGCGCACGCUAGCACAGGCAGGAAAUAACCUCACUGAAUUCAAGAGCACACUCAGGAAGGUGUUAAAGUUGCGCGUUCCUGGAACGCUCGAACAUACUCAAGUGAAACAGGCAAUAGUGAACCACUUCGAAGACCUCGGUGGAUGGGAUGUCUCACUCGACAAGUUUGACGAGGAGACGGUGUUAGGGAAGAAGUCCUUCAGUAACAUCAUAGUUACUUUGAAUCCAUCAGUGGAUAGGAGACUAGUACUGGCAUGUCACUACGAUACUAAAUUCUACGCUUCCUCACCCGAAGGCAAGCAGUUCUUAGGUGCUACGGACUCCGCUGUUUCCUGUGCGAUUCUGAUGGAAUUGGCUAAACGCUUGGACAAGUAUCUAAAAGCACCAAAUAUUCAGAAAGAGGUCACCCUACAGAUGGUCUUCUUUGAUGGGGAAGAGGCAUUUCUGGAAUGGACAGCAACCGAUAGUCUGUAUGGUUCGAGGCACCUGGCAGCACUUUGGCAGAAUACAACAUAUCCGCCAGGCUCUGAUACAACCAUGCUUUCUGGAAUUGACGAUUUGGUGUUGCUGGACUUACUUGGUGCAAGACACCCCUCUAUCUACAAUUUCUUCAGUGAUACCAGCGAUAUAUAUAAUCAACUGAUGGACAUUGAAAAAAGACUCUCGGCCGAAGAAUUGACCGCUCGCGUGUCGCCGUACUUUGUUGGUAGUGCACAUUCCCCUAUAUUUGUUGAAGAUGAUCACGUGCCAUUCCUGGAAAAAGUGACAAAUCUUAUAUUGGUUGUUUGUCAACCGGCAUUUGUAAACAAUCCGCGGACUCGUACUCGACGUAAUAGCGAUACUGUGCUGACAGUGGCAUCAACUGAUUUUCUUACGAUGUUGUUUAUUAUAUUCUCACAAUUUCUUUAUUGGAGCGGAUGGCAGAACCAUGGCAGAACCAACUUGUGGGUCAGCAGGCCGAUUACUCUCGAUAUCAGUGUCACCGAAGACUGA